UCCUGCUGAAAGGUCAUCUUCUUCCACGUGAUUUGUCUUCGCGAUCACAAGUUUUUCGCUGUUGCUCUCCCUUGCUAUCGACGCCAUCUUCCUUGGAGUUCGCUUCAAUCAACCGGUAUGUGCCACUGUUUUUACUGCGAAAUUUGAAGAAGAUUCUCCCAUGUUCGAUCUGAUUCGGCUCCAGAGAUCAAGAGUUGAAUUGUCUCGAAAAAGCUUGAGUUUAACCAAAUACGAGCGAGCGAGAGAAAGAAAGAGAACGGGGGAGAGAUUUGACGCUGCGUAUACCGUCCGAUUGACUAUGUGAAUCCUGUUUUUCGGAGUCGAAUGGCGGGAAAAUCUGCUUGAGCGCGAUUUUACUGGGAUCUAAAUGAAGAGGAAGGCGUCGCAGCACAAGUUGCUGAACAGAUGGAAGAGGAAAGUAUUCGCCACGUUGAUUUUUGCUUUCUGCUUGGGGAGUUUCGCAUUUAUCCAAGCUCGUUACAGUGGAAUCACUGCGUCGCUGAAGCCUCGUCUCGAUCAGAAACCACAGAUUGCCUUCCUGUUCAUUGCGCGGAACCGACUCCCCCUCGAGUCUGUCUGGGACGCAUUCUUUAUGGGUGAGGAUGGAAAGUUCUCAAUAUUUGUUCACUCUAGACCUGGAUUCAUUCUUAGCGAGGCUACAACCCGAUCUAAGUUCUUCUUGGAUCGGCAAGUUAAUGACAGUAUACAGGUGGACUGGGGAGAAGCCACCAUGAUUGAAGCAGAACGUAUAUUACUCAGACAUGCACUUAGAGAUCCAUUUAAUCACCGCUUUGUUUUUCUUUCUGAUAGCUGCAUACCUCUGUACAGUUUCAGCUACACGUAUAACUACAUCAUGUCAACACCAACUAGUUUCGUUGAUAGCUUUGCAGAUACAAAAGAUAGCCGUUAUAAUCCUAGAAUGAGUCCCAUAAUUCCUGUUCAUCACUGGAGAAAAGGAUCACAGUGGGUCGUCCUGAAUAGAAAACACGCAGAAAUUGUGGUGAAUGAUACUAUCGUCUUACCUAUGUUUCAGCAGCAUUGCAGGAGGAAAUCACUUCCAGAGUUUUGGCGAGAUCGUCCUGUACCAGCUGAAGGUUGGAAGGAACACAACUGUAUACCUGAUGAGCACUACGUUCAGACAUUGCUAUCUCAAAAGGGUGUUGAUAGCGAACUCACACGACGGUCACUGACACACUCAGCUUGGGACCUUUCAUCCUCUAAAAGUAACGAACGUCGUGGAUGGCAUCCUAUGACUUACAAGUUUUCCGAUGCUACUCCUCAUCUUAUUAAGUCCAUUAAGGGUAUCGACAAUAUCAACUACGAGACCGAAUACCGGCGAGAAUGGUGUAGCAGUAAUGGGAAACCGUCACCGUGCUUCCUCUUCGCCAGGAAGUUCACUCGUCCCGCUGCUCUCCGCCUCCUUCGUGAGUCUAUCUUGUUGAGGGAUAAAGAGCAAGACAGUUAAAUAGAAUCAAUCAGCAUUCAAAAGCAUAUAGUAUACUGUACGUAAGAGUUAUUAUGUUUGGUGUUUUGUGAUUUGUAAUAGUAUCGUAUCGAAAUUACACGUACAAACUUUACCAUAUGGUGAAUGGAUGAAUAAAUAAAGCCACCGGCGUU